UCAAGUUAGGGGAAUUGGUCUAUAUGUCAAGAUGGAUACAGGAAAGCAGAUUCUAAAUCUUGGAGGAUCACAAUCAAUUGUGAUCAAUGAAGGCUCACAAAAUGAAGCAGAUCCAAUGACAAGGUUCCCAAUACCAAACGAAACAGAGAUAAAGAAGCAAAAGAGAAAGAGAGGUGAAGGCAGCUCCACUGGAGACACAGUGCAGGGAAAGAAACAACCAAGAAAACCAUUCAAAGCUCCAAGAGUGCAGACAGUGGCUGUGGAGCAACAACAAGUCCUCAGAAGGAGUCCAAGAGGAAAGAAUGUUAUCUCAACUAUUGGCUCAACAACCACUAGUUGAGCUACCAUUUAGAAUUUGUGUAUUGACAGAGCUAAAACUUUGUUUUCUUUUGUUUGUUUUUGGAAUUCAGCUAGACAAUGAGCUUCCAUAUUAUGUUUUUGUUUCAAACUCACAGCUUAUGACUAUGGCUUGAAUUUGUUGGGAAUGAAUUUGCAGUCAAUUUGGUGUUUA